AGAGUUAAAAAAAAUACUGUAUAAAUAAAAAGAAUAAGAAAAUAGCACUUCUCUGACUCACACAUUGGGCAGAGCCGCAAAUUCUUGUGAUAAUCAGGAAAGACUCCACGGAAGGGUUGGUGCCUGAGCUGGAUCUCGGAGGAUGAGGAUAAAAUCGCCAUGUAAAGGAGGACUUCCCAGAUAGAGAGAAAGUAUAUGCCAAAGGCCCAGUGUCACUUCAGUGAUCCACCCUUUACUGCCUGAAAUAGGGUGAACAACCUCUCAAGGCAAGGCGCAGACCGUCUGCUUGAUCUGUAUUACUCAGAAACAGGAUUAAAUACAGGAAGGGGCAAACAUGUUGCUGGUUUUAAUAAAUGCACACAGAAGCACACAGUAACCUAAAGAGACAGGAGAGCAGCAUCUCUAAGGAAGACUUCAUUCUUGGGCACAUUUGCCAAAGCACAAAUAUGGAAACCCCACCCUCAGCCAGAGCUGGAGAAAUCAAAAGGCUGAUGUGGUAUAAAUUCCUCUGCCCUGAUUGCAUAAGGAGAUCUGCCAACAUUUUUUUCUCUGAUAUAUUCCUUGCUGCACAAAGAGCUGAACUGGGUUUUUAAAACCUGAUCGUGAACCGAGAUAGGCAAUUCUGAAUCAUCACCAGGAUCUAGGAAAAUUAACCCUCACCGAUCUUCCCAGAUAAGCACCCAAGCUUGCUGCCUCUGAGAUCUGCUGCGGGGUUCUGGCUAGGUUCCUGUCACAGAGAGACUCCCCUUUUUUGGCAUAAGAAUGUACAAGAUGCCAGUAAAGUUCACACUGGGUCAUCGAAGGCUCUUUAAAUGCACGGUGAUUCAUUGCUGGGGGUGGGGGAGCGACGAGAGGGAGGGGGAAGGAAGUGCUGAGCAGAGAGGCGGAGCGAAGUAAUUAUGAAAUUGACUGCAGAAAAAGCUCGCGCUGGGAGUGACGGGGGUCACGUGUUCCUACUAUUGGUAUUUCGGCUACAACUUUCAAACCCGAGGCAGGGGGGAGGGGUCGGGAAACCUCACCUUGCCUCUUGAUUGGCUUUCGGAGGAGAUGCUUCAGAUGCCUGGCAUAUUUAUUAGAAUUACAACGGAGCAUUAAUUUCUCUUUUUAUCUGACAAAGAAGAAACGCUCUCCCAUGACAGUCCGGUUAGCAGAACAAAAAUCUGGCUGUACUGGUAUGAGUGAACAAUUUGUCUUCUUCUUCUUGAUUUACUCCGCAUUCUAGCUGACAGGGUCUUCCAUUCUGCGCAUUCAUUUUGUACUUAAAAAGGGAUUGUUUGUAAUUUACAGUUUAAGGCUGAGGGCCAUUAUUCUGCGCUGUCAGAACGCAUCUGCCGCAGGAGCAUCGUUUCAGCCUGUGCCAGGGCACAAAGCAAGCCCUGAUCGCCAGUCAGCUUGAGAGCUCCCUGGAGACUCCAGCCCUUAAACUUUGGAGAGGCCUGGCCCACAGGGGUUCUGCAAAUAUCAAACUGCCUGACAACCCCCGCUGAAAUCCUGACACACAGUUUCCUCUUUGUGUCCAAAAGCAAACUUGGCCAGUGCCUCUUCUCUAACUCUUCCUCUUUGGGGUAAACUUGGUAAAUUCCUCAUAAAAUAAUUGUCUUAAACUCGGACCCUCCUGUGGGUCAGUUUUCCUAGCUGAUGGGUGACUCAAGAAAAACAAACCGACAGAGCUUACAGCUAGAUAUUUUAAUAUCCUGUAGUUAGAGUCACAAAGACCUUCCCUCUUUCCCAAACAGUUUGAUGUGUUUUGUUUUGUUUCUUUCAGUCCGUUGUAGCCCCUGAUCUCAGUCUGCAGACACCCUAAGCUUAACCCCUACAACCCAUCAACUGCCAUCAUCUUAAAGUGUAAACAGUGGUGGCUUUGGGCUUUGAUUUUAAUUUGGAAAAUGUAUUUCUUUUGAGGAAACAAAAUGCCAAGAUGUUAAUGAAAUGCUUUUAAUAGAUUUCCAAAUGCUCCCAGCCAAUACCAGGCAAAGUUCAACUCACUCAUUCUAAGCCUCAAACUGUUGUUCAUUUUCUUUUCCUGUAAGAAGGGCUAUGUCCUAUAGAUGAUUAAAACCAUAAAUUCUGUUAUUUCAUAGGUCAUUACAUUACAUUCAGUCUUGGUUGUAGUUACAUUGACGAAAAUUUAUCUAGGUCUUGCUUGAAAAAUAAAUAAUAAUGGUUAAAAAUCAUCUCAUUUCCUUUUGACGUGUCCUAUUAGACUAAGUAUAUGAGAAAGUGUUAUAUAUAAAAAAAAAGACAGAUUUCCUUUUGGUGGCCUUGAUUUGUUUUCUAGUUAAGCAGCAACUGUAUACUUUUCAUUAUUCAUGCCCAAAGCCAUCUGUCAUUAAAAGGUAACACCCCCAACCAUUCAGCCACAAGCUGCAAAUCCAGCUAUAACUCCAGAAUACAUAGCUUUCCAUCAGCUUCCCAGGGUGGCACAGUGUCUGGGAUCCUCUCUCCCCUUCUCCCCCCCCCAAAAAAAAACCCACACCAGAUCUAACAAAUUUUUAGUCUAACAGACAAAUCUAAUAAAUUUCUAUUUUGUGGGCCCAUGCCAGAUCUACCCAGGAGAUUAUUCCUUCACCACCAGCUUACUCUCAGAGAUCAUUUUAACAAAGGUUAAGGUCCAUGUUAUACACUGCAAGGGGGAAAUCUCAGGAAGGUUAAAAAAAAAAUAACCCAGUUAUCUACUCCACUACUGCAGAGUCAUGCCAGGAUCUUAAGGUCUCCAAUUAGUUCUUAGAACUAAUUCCUGCACCUCCCCAGCCUCAUUAUUUAUACCAGAGUGGUCCAUUAGAAAAAUAAUGGACACAUGUCAUUUUAAAUUUUAUAAUAGUCACACUCGGAAGUAAAAAGAAACUGGUAAAUUAACUUUAACGGUAUAUUUUAUUUAACCUGACUUAGGCAGAAUAUUUUCAUUUUAAUCGAUACGAAAAUUCUUGAGAUACCUGUAUAUGUGUACACUUGUGCAUUUGUGUGUAUGUUCUAAGUCUGACAUUUAAAGUGUAUGUUACACGUAUAACACAUCUCAAUGGCUGAAGUCAUAUUGAACAGUGCAGACCUAUCUGAAAGCACUUGUUUUUGGUUUUAAUUGUAGACAGAAUCUUAUUUAAAAUUCCCUACUGUGUGUACUGUUACAUCAUAAACUGUUGGCAGAUGUUUAAGUACAAUGAUUUUAAUUUCACUCUUGACUAGUGGUGAUGUCAUUUUCAUUACCCAGAAGCCUAUGCUGCUACAGUUUGGUGGAGGGUCAAGAAAGAUGAUUCAGAAGUAUGUACUUUAAGAGUCUCUGUGCCACAAACAGAGGCCAGUGACUUCAGUCUGGGUGUGGUGAGCUGACCUCAGAGUCUAUUGUGUGAGUGGUUUUCACUUUUGUUUUUAGUUUAUUUUACUUUUCUGGUGUCUCUAGCUUUAUUUGUCAGUGCAGUCUAAAGAAAGUAUAUUGGUUUUGCAAGCACACUGUCAUUUGCUCGGAUUUUUAAAUGACAUGUGUGGGAUAAUAUCUUCCUUAUAAUACCAUGGUUAAAGGUCUGUCAGUGUUUCCAUUAAAAAUUCAAAUCUUUGGAUUUAUUACCCAGCCAUAACAAAUUGCUCCAGGCAAAUCUUUCUCUAGCAUAGGAGGAAAUUCUUUUUAAUAAUUUUUUUGUUGUUGUUGUUUUUGUCUUUUUGCCAUUUCUUGGGCCGCUCCUGCGGCAUAUGGAGGUUCCCAGGCUAGGGGUCCAAUCGGAGCUGUAGCCACCAGCCUACGCCAGAGCCACAACAACGUGGGAUCCGAGCUGCAUCUGCCACCUACACCACAGCUCACGGCAACGCCAGAUCCCUAACCCACUGAGCAAGGCCAGGGAUCAAACCUGCAACCUCAUGGUUCCUAGUCGGAUUUGUUAACCCCUGAGCCACAACAGGAACUCCUUUUUUUUUUGUAAAGGCAUAUGGAGGUUCCCAGGCUAGGGGUCGAAUGGGAGCUGCAGCUGCCGGCCUACACCACAGCUGCAGCAACACAGAAUCCGAGCCUCAUCUGCGACCUACACCACAGCUCAUGGCAACGCCAGAUCCUUAACCCACUGAGUGAGGCCAGGGAUUGAACCAGCAACCUCAUGGUUCCUAGUCGGAUUCCUUUCUGCUGCACCAUGAUGGGAACUUCCUUUUUAAUAAUUUUUAAGGAGAGAUAAAUAAGUGCUUCUCACUUAAAUUUACUUGUGAUGUGUUUUGAUAUAGAAGGCCUUCAGAAAAUACAUGUUAUAUCUUUACAUUGUGUUUGUUUUACAGAUGUGAAACAUUAAUAUUACCUCGGUGAAUACAUUCUGCUGAAGAGUUACACAGUUGCCCUCCCAGCACCCAAAUUUGCAAUGAUUCUAGAAUUUGAUUCUCAUAUUUGUAAGUCUGAUCAGUAUAAUGAUUUGAGAAGGGCUGGCUCCAUCAACUAUGAACCUUUAAGUUUCAUCCUGGUAAAAAUGGACAUUUUUCCAAAAAAUAAGAUUUGUUUUGCUGUGAAUUCCUCACAGCAGAUGGGAAUGUCUUUACAUUCUCGCGGCCUAGUUAUGGUAGAAGCACAAUGAAUGGCUACUGAUAAACAAGUGAUAAACAUAUAAAAAAGGAGGUUGGCAAUUCAGUCUGUCCCUAUCCAUAUGCCCCUUAUUUAAAUAUUCACCACAUAUUAACUUUUUUGAAAAACCUUUAAGACUGUAAAGAACAUGCUGCUGGAUCUUUCACCUCUAUAAUUUCCCUCAUUUCUGAACACCUCAAUGGAGUAUUGUUAUCAUGAAAUGACCUAAGGCUAUGAAGGCACAAGCCACUUGCAAAACUUUUUUGAGGCUGAGCUCUACUAUGUCUUAUCCACCUCACAGGAGCCCUUGACAAUGCAAACCGAGAGGGCUGUAAAAAGCAUGAAAAAUUAUAUACAUGUAACUGAAGCAUAAAUCCUCCCCACGGCAAACAUGAAAGAUUAAGCCCUAAAGUUACUGUGAAAAUAAACAUGGUGAGAAGGUACAUAUCCCUUCACCAACAGAUUUGACUCCAAAUGAAAUGAACUUAUCUGAUGCAGUAUUGGGGUCGACCGGCCCCCAGGCUUUUGUAUAAACAGGAGCGACUCUUACUUGCUUUCCUCUGGGUUGGGCAAACUUUAAUUUUCAUUGCAGAAAAACAAGGCAUCUUUUUCAAAUAGGACUGCUGAGGUCCACUUUCUUUUACGAAGCCAAGCCUAAAACUAUAGUCUAUUUAACGUCCGAUCCAUUUGGUUAUUUCGUCGUUACAAGCUGGUAAGCUGUUUGCGUUCGCUUGUCUUUGUUUGGUUUUGUUGUGAACGAUGAAAGAGGCUACUUCCCAUGAAGACAUAUGCUACAAUUAAAAAUCCCUUACGACUGGGAGGGCCUGUACACUUGCUUGAUUAAGUACUCUCGUGCUCCCUCUGCUGCCAGAAAGAAAACCUUCAUCCUCAAGACCCCCGUGCUCGCCUUCCAGAGUCUUCUCCUGGCAGUGAUAAUGCAGAUUGGUGUGAGCAUCAGGGCCCUUCUGAAAUGCAGUGCUAUUUGACCAAAGCAUAAAAGGGAAUACACGUUCAUUUAAAAAGUGCAAAUUAAUAAAAGAGGAAGGGCGAAAAAAAGAAUAAAUAGAAGAAUUAAGUUCGGCAACCGGGGCCGAAUUCCUCUAGACAGAGCCUUGUAGUUUUAGGCAGUUUUCUUUCCAUUAUAAUGCGCUCAGGAAUCACUUGAAAAACGCGUUCUGAUUCGGUAGGUCUGGGGUGGAACUAGCAUUCUGAAUGUCUAAAAAGCCUCCAGAUGCUUCUGGUGCUGCUCUGAAGACUAUGCUUUCUGAAACAAGGUGUGAUAUGUAAUUAUUUGAUAUAAAACAUACUUGAAAGGUCAUUUGAAAUCUUCAGAAGUAGAUAUUACCAAAACAGUGAAAUAGAUAUGAGAUAAACAUGAUUUUCCAUGGUGUUUAGGCAAUGCAGGACACAGAUUAGGAGUACGGCUCAGCAAGCCUUAUUUCUCAAUUUCCUUUAAUUUCCAAGUUUGACUUAUGCUUGUAUGAAUAUAGUAUCAGGUUUAUGAAUAGGACCAUAGUACUAUAUAUUUGUUUACUGGCUUCUUGAAAGCCUUGAGUUUUUAUUUGUAUGAGAAAGUACUGUUUUUAAAGCAUCAGUACCAGUUUUUUGUGAUUGCACAUUUAAUAUUUUGCCAUCUGAAAAUAUAACAUUUCAGUACUAAAGGUAAUGAAACUGUAUCAUGAGUAUUUUUUCCUUUUUAAAAACUGAAGUACAGUUGAUUUACAAUGUGUUCAUUUCUGCUAUACAGCAAAGUGAUUCAGUUAUACAUACAUAUCUAUAUAUAUAUGUAUAUUCUUUUAAAAAAAUAUUCUUCUCUAUUACGGUUUAUCCUAGGAUAUUGAAUAUAGUUCCCUGUGCUGUACAGUAAGACCUUGUUUUUUAUCCAUCCUAUAUAUAACAGCUUACACCUGCUAACCCCAAGCUGUGUCAUGCGUUUAAUGUUUAUGUUGGACCUUGCAUGAAGAAAUAGUUACAGAUUUUAAUGGCAGUUUAUGGCUUUAACCUUAAUGGCUAAGUAAGUAAAUGACACAGUUCUUAUUAAUUGUUCUUACUGUUUGGGUAAUAAACAUAUUUCGAUUCCUUGAGGGAACAUUUAAAUUAAUUGACUGACUCUAAUCUGAAUUAUGUGUUUUAAUUUGUUUAAGGUUGUUAAAAGACAUUAACUGCAUCAGUGUAAUAAUUAAAAUAUUAGCUCUUUUUCCCCCCUAAAUUCUCUAAAUGUACGAUGUCUAAAAAUAGAGUGGAGGUGGAUUGGACAGGCUGCAGAUUAGGAGUUGGAAUGAAAACAUCUCCGUUAAGCCAAAAACAUGGCAACCAAUAUUUUCUGUUAUAAAAAUAUUUUAGAUGAAUUUAUUUUUUUAUGAAAGCGGUCUGAAAUUGAAAUGAAUAGCAGAAGUUCUCUGUUUAUUCACAGGCCAGUAAUAAUAAUAAUACCUGCCUCACAAAGCAUACGUCUUUUCCGUGCAGAGCCAGCAGCUUCUGCUCCUUUCAGAAACAGGCUCGGCCAACUGGGGGGAAGAGAUAUUACCCCGUUAUAGUCUGAGAUAUUAACCUUCACCUUGAUAAUGCUUGUCAACAAACACAAGGCAGAGCCUUUUCAGGAAACUGAUUUUAACUGUCCACUAGAGGCUGUAAUGAGACCAACAAUGUCACUUUAGACCAGCCCAGGGUUUAAACUGUAACCAUCAUUGAUUUUUAAGUGAAAAAAUAAAAGUUGUAGAAACGAGUCAACAGUAGUAGUAGUUUUUUUUUUUAAAUAGCCACGUAUAUGUGCAUGGUAUUUCAAAAUGCGAGAAAAAAAUUAUUUCCGGGGCUCUACACCUUCCUAGUGAGUGUGCUUAUUUUUAUUUCUGCAGCAUGUUGGCUCUACAACACAGUUUUUGAAAAGCUGACACAUUUCUCUUUAGUGAUUUCUGUAUCCUGCUUCAGUUGGUGACUAACCGUUAGGUCAUAAGUAAAUCCAGCCAAAAGGUUUCUCAAGUACAGCUUACAGUCAAUGGUGGAGGCUUCCAGUGAGAAACUUACGUGAAGGGAUCAUGUUUCUAGUCACUUGGUUCUAAGCACCUGAAAGAGGUCAAAUGCUGCCCCGACACCUACCGGUCUUUCCAGAAUUAUCUGCAGCCCGCAGAAGGCGCACUGAGCUCCCUUUAGCGUGGAUGAACCUUCUCUUCUUUCCAGGCGCUACACCUGUUGGCCAGGCCGAUCGUGCAGCAGAUCGCCAGGGUGUCCCAUUCAAGCUGCAGAUUUGUCUGUCAUCGUCGGACGGCGGCGGCGGCGGUGGCGGCAGCGGUGGCGGUCCCCUCUUCCUCGUCCGCGGCAGGGAAGUGUGUCUCACAUCAGCAUUCUGGAGCACAAUGGAAGAGUUUAUUUUGAGGCUUCAAAAGUAGUGCUGCUACAGAUGAGGAGCAAGAGAGAAAGUGUGGACCUCAGCCUGCAGGAGCGGUCUUGAAAGUGAUCUUGGGUCUAGGCAUUUUACAUUGAGUUUCUCCACUGCCUCCCUUUCUGCUCAAGCAAAAUCUGUGCGAAAAAGAUCUGCUGGGAAGGAACCAACUGCUUGGGAUUCUCCAUUGUGAUGAAAGCACGUGGUGCAGUUUUCCAAAGAAAUUAGUCCGUUGUCUGGGUGAAGAGAAACCCGUCUGCUGUUUCCACAGGGUAUCACUCCCUUCUCUGUGAGAGGAAGAAAGAACAGGCCUGGGCCCAGGAGCGCUCCAGCUUUUUGUGGGACAUCUCCAUGGUGAAGGACAGGCUGGGGCUACCUGUGAACAGCGCACAGUGAAUGUUAUUCCAGAGCGGCUGCUGGCGGAUCGCCCCCGCGGGGAGAUGAUUCCUCAUGAAGCGCCUGGAUCCCCUACAGAAAUCAAAUGUGACUUUCCGUUUAUCAGACUAAAACCAGAGCCAGCCAGACAGUGAAACAGUCACCGUGGAGGGGGGACGGCGAAAAAUGAAAUCCAACCAAGAGCGCAGCAACGAAUGCCUGCCUCCCAAGAAGCGCGAGAUCCCCGCCACCAGCCGGCCGUCGGAGGACAAGGCCACGGCCGUGCCCAGCGACAACCACCGCGCGGAGGGCGUGCCAUGGCUCCCGGGCCACGCGGGCGCCCGUGGCCACGCUGGCGGGCGGCUCGGGCCGGCGGGGCCCCCGCCGGAGCUCGGUUUACAACAGGGAAUAGGUUUACACAAAGCGCUGUCCUCGGGGCUGGACUACUCCCCACCCAGCGCGCCCCGGUCCGUCCCGGCGACCACGACGAUGCCCGCGGCGUACCCGCCCCCGCAGUCCGGGGCCCCGGUGUCGCCCGUGCAGUACGCCCACCUGCCUGCGCACCCGUUGCAGUUCAUUGGGUCUUCCCAGUACAGCGGGCCCUACACCGGCUUCAUCCCUUCCCAGCUGAUCUCCCCCACGGCCAGCCCCGUCACCAGUGCGGUGGCCUCGGCCGCGGGGGCCGCCACUCCAUCCCAGCGCUCCCAGCUGGAGGCCUAUUCCACGCUGCUGGCCACCAUGGGCGGCCUGAGCCAGGCCUCGGGGCACAAGGCUGAGCAGCCGCCGCCGCCGCCACCGCCACCGCAGCACCUGGGCAGGACUGCGGGGCUCCUCCCCCCGGGGUCCCCACCCCCCACCCCGCAGAACCAGUACGUGCACAUCGCCGGCUCCCCGCAGACCGCGGCGCGCCCGGCCUCCCCGCCGGCCAUCCCCGUCCACCUCCACCCCCACCAGACCAUGAUCCCGCACACGCUCACCCUGGGGCCCUCCCCGCAGGUCGUCGUGCAGUACACCGACUCCGGCAGCCACUUUGUCCCCCGCGAGGCCACCAAGAAAGCCGAGAGCAGCCGACUGCAGCAGGCCAUGCAGGCCAAGGAGAUCCUGAACGGGGAGCUGGAGAAGGGCCGCAGGUACGGGGCGCCCACCUCGGCCGACCUGGGCCUGGUGAAGGCGGGCGGCAAGGCCGUCCCCCACCCCUACGAGUCCAGGCACGUGGUGGUCCACCCCAGCCCCGCCGACUACGGCAGCCGGGACUCGUCGGGCGUGCGGGCCUCUGUGAUGGUCCUGCCCAACAGCAGCACCCCUGCCGCCGACCUCGAGGUGCAGCAGGUCACCCACCGGGAGGCCUCCCCGUCCACCCUCAACGACAAAAGCGGCCUGCACUUAGGGAAGCCCGGCCACCGAUCCUACGCGCUGUCACCUCAGCAGGCCCUGGGCCCCGAAGGAGUGAAGGCUGCUGCCGCCGCCGCCGCCGCCGUCGCCACACUGUCCCCCCACACGGUCAUUCAGACCACGCAUAGCGCCUCGGAGCCACUCCCAGUCGGACUUCCGGCCACGGCCUUCUAUGCGGGGACCCAGCCACCCGUCAUCGGCUACCUGAGCAGCCAGCAGCAAGCGAUCACCUACGCCGGCGGCCUGCCCCAGCACCUGGUCAUCCCCGGCACCCAGCCCCUGCUCAUCCCCGUCGGCAGCGCCGACAUGGAGGGGUCGGGAGCGGCCUCGGCCAUCGUCACGUCAUCGCCCCAGUUUGCUGCAGUGCCUCACACGUUCGUCACCACCGCCCUGCCCAAGAACGAGAACUUCAGCCCGGAGGCCCUGGUCACCCAGGCCGCCUACCCGGCCAUGGUGCAGGCCCAGAUCCACCUGCCCGUGGUGCAGUCGGUGGCGUCCCCCGCAGCCGCGCCCCCCACGCUGCCUCCCUACUUCAUGAAAGGCUCCAUCAUCCAGCUGGCCAACGGGGAGCUGAAGAAGGUGGAAGACCUAAAGACGGAAGACUUCAUCCAGAGCGCGGAGAUCAGCAACGACCUCAAGAUCGACUCCAGCACCGUGGAGCGGAUUGAGAACAGCCACAGCCCAGGCGUUGCGGUGAUACAGUUUGCCGUCGGGGAUCACCGAGCACAGGUCAGCGUGGAAGUUUUGGUAGAGUAUCCUUUUUUUGUGUUUGGACAGGGCUGGUCAUCCUGUUGCCCAGAGAGAACCAGCCAGCUCUUUGAUUUGCCGUGUUCCAAACUCUCCGUUGGGGAUGUCUGUAUCUCACUCACCCUCAAAAACCUGAAGAACGGCUCUGUUAAAAAGGGCCAGCCCGUGGAUCCUGCCAGCGUCCUGCUGAAACACUCAAAGACCGACGGCCUCGCGGGCAGUAGACACAGGUAUGCCGAGCAGGAGAACGGGAUCAAUCAGGGAGGCGCCCAGAUGCUCUCCGAGAACGGCGAACUGAAGUUUCCAGAAAAGAUAGGAUUGCCUGCCGCCCCCUUGCUCACCAAAAUCGAACCCAGCAAGCCCGCGGCCACGAGGAAGAGGAGGUGGUCGGCGCCGGAGUCCCGCAAACUGGAGAAGUCGGAAGACGAGCCACCUUUGACUCUUCCUAAGCCUUCUCUCAUUUCUCAGGAGGUUAAGAUUUGCAUCGAAGGCCGCUCUAAUGUAGGCAAGUAGAGGCCGCGUGGGGAAAGGAAAUCGGCCCUCCUUUAUCAUUUGUAUCCAGAUUACUGUACUGUAGGCUUAAUAACACAGUAUUUACAUGUUAUCCUCUUCCUUUAGGUUUCUGUUAUAACCUUGUCAUUAGAGUUACAGCUGGUGUUGGGCAGGAGACGGUGCAUAUGCUUUUCCCACGCGUGUCUCUUGGCGGGUGGGCAGCUGGGGGCCAGGGCAGGUGCAGCCCAGGCCCCGGGCGCGCAUCCUGGUGGAAAUGAAGGUGGCCCCACGGCACCUGCCUUUUCUAGAGGCACAGAUGCACCCGAGGGGCGCUGACUUCCACCAGUUUCAGGACGACGGUCUGCAGGAAGGGAGCUGCGGCGGGGUGGGGGCGCGUGCUUGUGGGGGUGCUGGGGUGCCACCGGGCCGAGCGCGGGGCUCUUUUCUCUCUGCCGCCCUCUGCCUCCCUCUUUGCUCUCAGACGGGACUGGAGGUCCCGGGGAAUGUCCUCAGGAGGUUCUCCCAUGCAAAAUCCACAUCAGGACCCCAGCUUCGGGGCAUCCCAGAGAGGCAUCAGACAGCAGACGGAAAGCUAACCGUGUAAAAGAACGUUUUUUUGUUUUUGUUUUUUUUUUUCCUCCAACAUAUUUUACAAUAAAAGCAACUUUUAAUCCUAGAGAUAUAUAUUUCCCCCUAUGGGGCCUGACUGCACUGAUAUUUUUUUAAAGAGCAACUGCCACCCGUGGGAUUUCGUUUCUGCUUUACGAGUGCAGUGAUAUUUCCGGGGCGUCGUGGCGGGCAGGGCAGCCUCCGCUGGCAUCGCUCCCCACUGGGGGGGUUGGGGGGGUGGGUGGGCAGCGGGGGUGGGGGAGAGUGAACACCCGCUCUGGUCUCUGUGCAGUGUUAGGAAAACCAAUCAGGUUAAAUUGCAAUGACUUCCCUCCCAAGAGGUAGACGCAAACUGCCGUUCAAGAGAGCCCAGGAAGCUCUUCGUGUCCGGUUUGCAAAUCUUUUGUCUUUUAACUCUAGUACUGUUUAUAGUUCAUGACUAUGGACAACUCGGGUGCCACUUUUUUCAGAUUCCAGUGUGACAUGAGGAAUUAGAUUUUGAAGAUGAGCAUAUAUAUAUUACUAUCUCUAAGCACUUAAAAUGCUGUUCACACUUUAUUACCAAGCAUCUUGGUCUAUCAUUCAACAAGUACUGUAUCUCACUUUAAACUCUUUGGGAAGAAAAACAGAAAAAAAAACUUCAGUUACUUUCUUUUUUUUUUUUUUUUUUUUUUUUUCCAACACUGUAACUACAUUUCAGCUCUGCAGAGUUUCUCACGGAGCAAGAUUUGAAAGUUUCAAUGUGGUUUAAAGGGAUGAAUGUGAAUUAUGAACUAGUAUGUGACAAUGAAUGACCACAAGUACAGCCUGCUAGGAGGCACUCUUCACUUUGAUGUUUGAGAAAGAAUUAAAAGCAUAUGCAGAGCUGGCAGAGGAACUGAGAGGAAAGGGAUGGAAAAAAGAAUACUCACUUUUGUCCAGUGUUUUUCUUUUUAAGAUGAACUUUUAAAGAACCUUGCGAUUUGCACAUCUUGAGUUUAUAAUUUGUGUGAUAUUCCUGCAGUUUUUAUCCAAUAACAUUGUGGGAAAGGUUUGGGGGACUGAACGAGCAUAAAUAAAUGUAGCAAAAUUACUUUCUAACCUGCCUAAACUCUAGGCCAUUUUAUAACAUUAUGUUCCUUUCAAAAAUCCAUUUUGGUCUUUCUACCGCAUCUGUCACAUAAAACCAGGUCUUAGCAGGACAACUCUGAGAAUUUUCUUCAGAUUCAUUGAGAGAGUUUUCCAUAAAGACAUUUAUAUAUGUAAGCAAGUUUUGUUUUUUGUUUUUUUUUUUUUUAAAAAAAAACCAAUUACGUUAUGGUCGUUGUUAUGAAUGUUAUUUUCAGAAUGACUUUUUUUUCCCAUCAGAAAUCAAAUCAAGAUAUAAUGUUUGGUACAAACCCAGAAAGUAUAUUUCACAGUUGAAACCUUUUGUUCCCAGAGAUCUGAAAUAUUGUUUGUGGGUUUUGAGUGUGUAUCUUAAAGUGCUUUUUAAAAAAAGUUUUUUAUUAUAAGGAGGGAGAAAAUUUCAAAUAUUCUUACUUGGAAUGACUGCAAUGAAUCUGAACAAAUACUUAAUCUUUCUUUUACCAUCGAGAAUCGUACUUUUUUCCAUUUUCCAAAUUACAAAAAAAAAUUCUAAUGUCAACCCAUUUUUUUGGCUCUCUAGUAUUCCUUCACAUCUAGCUCUCAGCAGAACUAAUGAUUUUUGUAAACCAUUUUCUGGGGUGUACCAAAAACAUUUGCAUAGAUUUAGAGUAGCUAGAACCAGUCCUGGACUUUGUUUGAUUUUUAUUACCUUCUCAGCAUGCUAGCAGAGAGCUGGGUGAGUCCAUUCUUGCAGUCACACUGCUUACUUAGUGCUGUAUUUUUUUUUUUUAAUGUUUCUGUUUAGAGAACUUGCUUAAUAUUCCAUAUAUUCUGCUCAGGGCACUUGCAAUUCUUAGGUUUUGUUUCUCUUUUUGUUCUGAUGGUAAGAGGAAUACGGGGCUGCCAUAUAGACUUUGUCCUCAGCUGUACCACUAAUUCCAGCAACUCACGUGGCCUCGGAGAAACACCCAUCAUCACCUUUUGGCUUCUUUCGAGUAUGGAACUAACUGGAUCCACACCUCCAACACUAAAAUGGGAAACAUGUACAUGGUUCGGAGCAAUAGAAACAUCAUCAUCAUGUUUGUGCUUCUAUUUCAGGUAUAGGAAUUAUCAAAUAAUUGGUUCUUUCUAAACUUUUGUCCCAUUUCACGUUCCUGCUUCUUUAGCAUGUGCAAUACUUUCUGUGCCAAUAGCGUCUAAUCCGUGUGCUCUAGAGAAAGCUCAGACCCUUUGGGGUUUUUCCUUAUUCGGUCCAUCUUUCCUGUCCUGGCCAGAGAAGGGCUGGAAGGAAGGAGCCAAGAAGGGGACUGCCUCCUGCUGCGCGUUCCCCCUGCCGCGGAUGCCGAGGCCCGGAGCGGGGUGCUCUGCGGCGCCCCAUGUGUCUGGCCGUGUUGCAGAAAGAGCAAGCAAAGGAGAUGGAGGGGGAGAACGGCACUCCCCCCACCAGCACGAGGAAUGGUGGACGUGGAGGGAGGAGGCAGAGGCCUUUGUAAGACGCACUCUGGAGCCAUAGAGCCAGGAUCCACCCACGGUCCACGGUCUCUUCCGAGAGCGGGCAGCCCCCUCCUCCUCCUCCCUGUGUCCUUGGACUUGGAGCCGCACCUCCGCGCGCAGGCAGGAAGCGUGGCCUGCUGUGCACGCUCCGGGCACCCGGCCAGCAGCUGUGGAGGGGGCCCCCUGCGCACCCUGGUCACCGCUCCUCUGUGGCAGCUUUCUCUUCAAAUAGGAAGACCAUCCCGAGGACGGGGCCCUCCUCUUGUUUGCAGACGUUGGUGAGCCCCGAGGCUCCCAGAGCAGCCUUUGUCACCACCCCUGCGUAGCAGACCUGACAGGGCAGGCGUAGAAAUUCUUCGGUGCCGUGCAGCCUGCGAGGAUCAGCUGUGUGCCUCGUACUGUGUCCACUCUGCAAUAUUCACCGAACCCGUCUUUCGUUCUCUCUCUCUUUCCUGGUUUCCCUUUUUCGACUAAUAACAGCAGGCCUUUUGCGUUUACAGUGGAACACAAUCACCAAGAAAUUAGUCAGGGCGAAAAGAAAAAAAUAAUAAUAAUAAUUAACCAACAAACAAGAACCUCUCUUUUUAGGGAUUUCUACAUAUAUCAAAUGACUGUUCCUUAGAAUGUUUUAAGAAUUAUUUCAGUUUGUCGGGGCCACCUUGGGGGCUGGGGGCGGGGGGGGGGGGCGGCGAGAGAGGGAGAUGGAUGCCAUUUACCUCAAAUCUUUUCAAAUGGAAAUCCAAAUUGCGUUUUCCUUUGGACCGUUCAGGAUCAUUUUCUAUGUCGGUUAGCUUUUUGUUUUCUCCGACUCCCCCAGUGUGGUUUGGGAUGAUUUGUUUCAUUUGGUUCUUUUCUUCCUUCGUUGCUGUCCUCCAUCCCGUUUCUGACUCUGGACCGUGACCCUCUGUGUUUUCUGUUAGGUGAGUGUGCUGGGUUUUCUCUCCCACCGGGAAGUGGCAGCACCCCUCCUUCUCCCCUCUAAGGAACUCUGCAGAACCUUUCACACUUCUAACUCAGGGACGGGGCUGGCGUGUGUGUGGUACACUGGUGUGUCCAGAAGCAGCACUUUGGCUGUUCUGGAGUAGGGUUGUACAACGUCAAGGAAUGUUUGGAUUUCCUGCAUCUUGUGGAUUCCUCCUUAGAUACUGCAUAGAUUGCAAUAUAAUGCUGCAUGUUCCAGAUGAACAGUAGCUCCUAGUAAUCAUAAAAUCCACUCUUUGCACAUAGUUUGAUCUUUACUGAAAUACGUUGCCAAAAUUUAUUUUUGUUGUGGUGUAGCUCUGGAAUUUUUUUGUUUUGUUUUGUUUUUUAAGAAAACAAUUGACAAUACCCUUUAACAUCUGUGACUACUAAGGAAACCUAUUUCUUUCAUAGAGGAAAAAAAAAAUCUCAGAUGCUUUUGAAGACACUAAUGCCAUGCUAUUUCAGAUCUGGGUGAAAAAGCAGAGCUCUGGGGACUGAAGGCCAGGCUUUUGGAGCUGUGUCGUUGUCAUGACUACUGUUUCAUGAACUGCAAGCAGCUCAACAAACCCAGGUCUGUUUUCUCCUCCAGCCCUUUGCACUUCCUAUCUCCUAGUCACCCGUGACAAUCCCAGGUGAAAAAAAA